CCCUUUCAAAACGUUGCUGGAAGGGCGCCCUUGCUGCCAACCUAACACCUCACUGCUUUUAGUAAAUCCACUGGACUGCAGUGCACAUGGUGCAUGCAGUCAGAAACAGUGAUUGGUCGUAUCUGAGCAGCGGCGCGCGCUUGGAGUUGAGCAGCUUUGCGGCUGCCUGGACCACAACUAGUACUUGCAUCGCCACUGUGAAUAGUGUCGACGAGUUGUUUUGGGAGGCCAGAGAGUGUCCAGAAAUCUGCCCAUUGGCAUUACUACAUUAGUCCAUUCCAUCGGCGAGGCGAUCAGCCCUGUGGACGGCGAGGCGAUCAGCCCUGUGAACGGCGAGGCGAUCAGCCCUGUGAACGGCGAGGCGAUCAGCCCUGUGAACGGCGAGGCGAUCAGCCCUGUGAACGGCGCUACUGUAUCGCCGAAUCGCGAGCACGGUGCGUGCUGGUCGAUCGCUACAACAAAUAGUCUAGUCGUCAUUCGCACAACACAAUGGCACCCAAGUCCUCUAAAGCAAAAGCGGAGCGGGAGCGGAAGAAGCUAGAGGAGCAGCAGCGGCUGGCUGCUCUGGAAGCGGAGAGGUUGCAACAGGAGGCCGAAGAAGAGGCGCGUCGUCUUGAGCAGUUGAGAAUUGAGGAGGAAGAGCGUCAGAAGCAGCAGGAAGAGAGAGAGCGCCGUUUUGCAGUUGAGCAGGAGCCGUUGAAUAUGCUGCUGAUCGAGCGGAGCAUCAACUUGCCUAUCGAGCGGGAAAAGGUUGCGGAAGAGGUCUUGUGGAAACGCUUCUUGGCGUGCGAUCCGGCAGUUGAUGAGACAUACGCCAAGGGACUAAACCGCUACGUGACGGAAUGGAAGGACAUGUCGCAGGACAGCAAGGCCGGCCUUGGGGACACGCUCAAAGAGUGGCAGGACGCAUAUCAGCUUCUCGCUAGAAUGGAACAGCAUCGGAAGACGCUGGAGGAAGAGUUUGAAAUCCAGCACUAUCUAGAGAUAAAAGCAAACAUCUUGGAGGUGAUGAAGACGAAGCUUGACGUGAUCGCUCAUCAGAUGCUGGAGACAUCGGAGCCUCACAUCAACAGGCAGACGUUCAACCUUGAGAAGUCGCACGCCGUCAAAGACAUGGUCUACCACUUGUGGGGCAAUACGGCCAAGAACCCAAGGCUGAAGAACAUAGAGAUGGGUAACCGCACUCGGAUGCCGGUCUCAGUUAGCGUUCCGAAGGAGUUGGCCCUGGCUAACUUUGCAGUGCGGGUAAUCUACACGCAUGUUGACACUCUCUCACCAACAUGCUCCACGUUUCGCAUGGGAAAGCCUAAAGCACAGAGCAUGGACACCAAUGUCAGCGCUGACGUUCCCGCUGGAAGUGGCUCCUUGGAAGGAGAGGGAGAGGGCGGUGGCGGUGGUGGUGGAGAUGUUGCCGGUUCCAAGGCAGGCAGCAAGGUGGCGCUGGAUUCACGGUCGACCACGUCACUGACCGCAAAGACGGCAGACACAGGCAAGCCCGAAAGUACUCGCUCAAGCAGACCUAACGAAGAGAAAAGACCGGACAGCGCCACCUCAAACACAUCCAGGGAUGCUGUGGAGGAUGAUGACGACUGUGAAGGCGACGAGGAAGGCGGAGAUGGCGCCAAAGAGAAACCGUACGAUCCCGACUUUCCAGACUAUGAGCCAAAUGAGGGUGCUCUCUCAGACGACGAGCAUGCAGUCGAUCUGCGUGCCUUUCAGCAGGUCGGUGGCGUGUUUUACUUCGAUAUUCUGCAACUGCCUCCUCAGCCAAUGGUCUGUGGACAGUGGACAAUGCAAGAAGUGCUCGAAGGCGGUCUCCGCUACACUACAUAUCCGCUGCCGGACCUUAAGAAGACAGUGGUGCAAGACGACGACGAAAUAUCUGAAACGCCAGCUCCAACGGCACCAGAAAAGGAAGUUGAAGAAAUAGAGAUACAGUUCAGAGCUACAAAAGAAAUGUAUUUGCAAGAUGCCAAGGUUGCUCGAUGGGAUUCAUCUCGGCUCUGCUGGCGCACCGACGAGAUCAGCGACAUGGUCAUCAAGGAGAAAAACGGCGAAGUCUCCUUCAAAACUGUUCACGUCAUGCCGUUUACACUUUUUCAGAGUCGUUACUCCAGUCUGCCCAUCGAGUACUGGGACGUGCGACCCAUCGACGACGGCCAAGUGCUUCUCACUAUCUGUGCGAGGACUGUCGAGAUGGACAUCAUUGUCAAGGGACAUCAAUGCAAGAUUCCUAAACUUCCCGACAUUGUUGACAGCAAGGGCAAAGACAAGGGUACUGACGAAUCACAGCAGGAGAAGGAUAUUCUGGAACAUUUCCGAGAGCGGUGGAUGAUCGUGGAUGAGUUCCAGGAGAGACUAACAAGGGCUGGCAUAAACAUAUUUCCAGAAGAGGACGGCCAUAAAUACACAGAAGUUGUCAGAAAGGCCCGUGCCAUUGAGGAUUUGAUUUACCAUCACGCUGCACUGUUGUCACCUGCAUUUUCCUUGGCUUCGUCGAGUAAGAAUGGGAAGUUUGACAGGAAUGUGGCGGUGAUCAAGGUCUCAGAGUCCGGUGGUGAUGAGCGUAUACCCGAUGAAAUGUGGACCCUAUUUGCCGUCCAGGACGAUUGCACCUGGCAGUUGAAGAUGAGAGAAGAGGAAGAAGCUGAACCCAACUUGGAUGUUGCCGACCAGCAGGAUUUGCAUGCCGACCUGUACUGCGCGGUGCAAGCUGUGGCCUCGGCCGAUUCAGCUGCUGCAAUUGCCGGAGCAUCAGCCUUGCAAGUACACACCGUCCACCAGUUGCUUGAGCGUAUCCGUCCUCUCGUUUACUCAUGAUAAGUCAGCAACCAAGAUGGUCUUGGACUUGAUGAACUUGCCAGGCUCUCAUGCCGAUAUCUUGUGUACGAAAACGUGCUGCGGAAAACACUGGAAGGCGACGUGCGCCUUCAGCCAAAUCAUUGUACUAUACUUGCAAACACGUGUAAGCUUACACAUACACAAGCUUCAGUCGAGAACAACCGUGAUUGCUUAAUUAGAGUAUAAAAGGUGGAUUCCCUUGAGGGGACAUUAAAAAGCACUGCUGGUCCCAAGAGCGCCAAAGCCUCCAUUCAGCGUGCACUUCUGGCAUUGUUUUUCUUGCAUUCAGGUUGCAGAUCCAGUAGCAUUAGGAUUCUAUAGCCGAAUAGGAGUGCAUAUCUUUGUGUAAAUAAGUUACUUUUUUUUUAAAGUACACCAUGCAUGCACGAAACAGUACACGCGUGCAUUGAUGAGAAUUUUGUCAGUAACUUGUUUCAACUGUGCCUCACUAGGAUAGCAGCAUUCUUGAAGCAGUGGCACAGUGCAGUCACGGUAGGGUACCGUACUUGAUCAGCUGGAGAGCACCCGCAACAGAUUGCCAUCAUUCGACUAACGCCUAACCGGAUAACUUCUCAGUUUACAUGUAGUUCUAUCAAGAGCCUACAGUGUGAAUAUGAUUGUGUUUUCUACAUGACUGAUUGUAACGUUUAUACUACAGUACUUUGACCUACCUACCUUCCAUCCUAUUCUGUAUUCAUUUCGCUGUUGAGUAUCUUUAUUUGUAGAGACAGUGUACAUGUAUCAUCACAAAUGGAGAUUCUUGUGCAACCUGAUGUCGAUAAUAAAAUUUAAUAACGUU